UGCUCGAGCGGAGUCUUCAACUUCACUUGUUUUGUAUUCCUCUAAAUCCAGCGGACUGCUCUUAUUGGUAGGUGGGAGCGUUACAUCACAAUGAUUAUGACGCGCCGUCUUCCUGCUUCCUUCAGCCGCGUCUUAAAGUCAAUCUUGUUGGUGCGAGCGCGCGCUCUCAGCCUCCUCCUGGCCGCGUGCGCUGAGACAUACAGUUUGCAUGCAGAGAGAGGAGCGGCGCACAAGAGCUCUUUCUCUAUCUCACUCUCUUCGCUCUUGCUUGUCCCGAGAAAUUACAAUAUUCAUCACGGGGUGAACAACCCUCUGUAUUCUCUGUUACACUGUCGCGAAGAAGCUCAAUUCGCUCUCAUCUUCAGAGUUCCCAGGGUUCUCGAGCUGUGCCCAGAUGACAGGCUUUCAAAGAUGGCACAAUAACAGUUCCAGUGAUGCCUGACCAUGACAGCACAUCCCUCUUAAGCAUACAAACCAAGAGAAGAAGAGUUGACAUAGGAGUGAAGAGGACUGUUGGGCAAGCAUCUGAGGUUUUCACCCGAGGAAAAGCAACCUUUUUUAGUGCCAUGAAUCCCCACGGCUCCGAGCAGGAUGUUGAGUGUUCUGUGGUGCAGCACGCAGACGGCGAGAAGUCCAACGUUCUUCGCAAGCUGUUGAAGAGGGCAAACUCUUAUGAAGACGCUUUGAUGCCCUUUCCGGGGGCAACCAUCAUCUCCCAGCUUCUGAAAAACAAUUUGACCAAAAAUGGAGGCAGUGAGACUAAUUUCCAGGGAAGUGGCCUCUCGAGCACUGGUUCAGAGAUCCAGCAAGAGGAUGCUUGCAGCAAUUCCUCACGGGGCAGCCCUCAGGAGUGCCUUUCACCAUUCAACAGGCCCUCCAUGACCCAAUUUGAUAUGGAGAGGCUAACAGAUGAGCAUCUUAGGGCCAAAAGAGCCCGGGUGGAGAACAUCAUCCGUGGGAUGAGCCAUUCUCCCAGUGUCACGCUCCGUGCAGGUGAUAAUGAGCGCGAAGGGGCAGGCCAGCCCCCGAGUCCUCGUGAGAACUACCGGGAAAACAAGCGCAAGCAGAAACUGCCACAGCAGCAGCAACAGAGUUUUCAGCAACUCGUCUCUGCGCGCAAAGAGCAGAAACAUGAAGAACGCCGGCAACUGAAACUGCAGCUGGAGGACAUGCAGAAGCAGCUCCGGCAACUGCAAGAGAAGUUCUACCAGAUUUACGAUAGCACUGAUUCUGAGAACGACGAAGAUGGAAACAUCUCUGAAGACAGCAUGCGUUCUGACAGAAUGGACAAUCGUGCCCAUGACUCUGUCCCAGAUCGCUCCGACAACGAGAUGUCUGACGUGGAUCCAGGGCACUUCUUGGAUCGAGCAUGCGCACUUAUUCGAGAGCAGAACAUGGUGACAGAGGGGGACAAACCCAAGCGUGAUGGUUCACGAGGAAAGAACCAGGGACCAAUCUCCAUGCAUGCAGAGGGCAAACAGCUAGCAGAGACGCUAAAACAAGAGCUCAAUACAGCAAUGUCCCAGGUAGUGGACACCGUGGUGAAGGUCUUUGCUAAGCCUCCACGCCCAGUUCCUCAGGUUUUCCAACCCCUGCAGAUGCCUCCUGAUCGUUUCACAGUCAAUGGAGAAAACCCAAACUUCCAUACUGCCAACCAGCGCUUGCAAUGUUUCGGUGAUGUCAUCAUUCCUAAUCCCCUGGACACUUUCGCUAACAUGCAGGUGCCCAACUCGAAUGACCAAACGGAGGCCCUGCCUUUGGUAGUGAGAAAGAACUCCUCAGAUCAGACUGGGUCUCUUCCCACACCUGGGGGUCACCACCAUCCCUCCCUCCACCCCUCACACUUAUCUUCCACAAUGGGCUUUAGUCCUCCCUCUUUCCGCCAUCCUUUCCCCCUUCCUCUAAUGGGCUACCCUUUCCAAAGCCCUUUAGGUGCCCCAACAGGGCCUUACCCAGGAAAGGAUAGGUCUUCUCCCGAGUCUCUGGAUCUGUCCAGAGAGACCACCAUUCUACGGACCAAGAUGUCGUCCAACCAUCUCAGCCACCAUCGUUCCAUCUCACCAACACACCCAGGGAAUGAAGGUUUGUCCUUGUCCCUCAUCAAGUCAGAGUGCGGAGACCUUCAGGACAUGUCUGACAUCUCUCCAUAUUCAGGAAGUACAAUCCAAGAGGGGCUUUCUCCGAACCAUCUGAAGAAGGCCAAACUGAUGUUCUUCUACGCACGCUACCCCAGCUCCAACAUGCUGAAGAUGUUCUUCUCAGACGUGAAGUUCAACCGCUGCAUCACAUCUCAGCUGAUCAAGUGGUUCAGUAACUUCCGUGAGUUCUACUACAUCCAGAUGGAGAAAUUUGCUCGGCAGGCCAUCAACGACGGCGUAACAGGGGCAGACGAGCUGAGCGUGAGCCGGGACUGCGAGCUUUUCCGUGCUCUUAACAUGCACUACAACAAGGCCAAUGAUUUUGAGCAGGUUCCGGAGCGAUUCCUGGAAGUGGCACAGAUCACGUUACGGGAGUUUUUCAAUGCCAUUGUGGCAGGCAAAGAUGUUGAUCCUUCCUGGAAGAAGGCCAUAUACAAGGUCAUCUGCAAGCUGGACAGUGAGGUCCCAGAGAUUUUUAAAUCUCCCAAUUGUCUGCAGGAGCUUCUGCAUGAGUAGUGAUUUUAAUUGCUUACCAUGUAUCAUCCCUUCUUUUCCUGAAUCUUUACAAAGUAAGAGGUAGCAUUCCUGUUUUUAAGUCCCGGCUACUUUUAAUUGACUUAGCUGUUAAUUUUUUUUUUUUUUUUUUGUGCUUCUUUUUUGGGAAAGUCUAUAAAAUUCUUGAUUGUUUUUGACUGUAUUCAAUCCUUACCCCCUUUUUCCUUGCCUUUAAAACGGGCAUUACUAUGUUGACCACACAAUGGUUAACAAAUGGGACUGACACCCUUAUUUUCUCUCUUUUAUUGGUCAUUUUUGCUGAGGGCUUUGUUUUAUCCCCGGAUGUUUGCAAUGUGUGAUGGUUUUACUAUUGCUGAAUAAGACUUGCAUUUGUAGCUUGUAUAGAUGUAAUUAUUAUUUAUGAUUAAUAUAAUUAUUACCAUUAAUGUUAUUAAU